AUGAGCAAGGAUCAAAGCUAUGUUCUGAAAGCAUGGGAGGUGACCGUGCGAAAGACCCAGCAAGCGAAGAAGCGGGCAAAUAGCGUUUUUGGAACAGUAUCUGUAGCUCCACAUACAGAUAACGAUACGGCAACUGAUGAGUAUGACGAUGAGACCACCACUAAUAGGAGCAGCACAGAGGAAUUCUACCAUGCCGAGAGAGUGCUUCCCAAUGGAGACUACUACACAGGGCAGUGGUAUGAUAGCUUUCCUCACGGGCAUGGAAAAUACCUCUGGACAGACGGCUGCAUGUAUAUUGGUGAGUGGUACAAUGGGAAAACCAUGGGGAAUGGAAAGUUUGGGUGGCCAUCUGGUGCCACAUACGAAGGAGAGUUUAAAAGUGGUUACAUGGAUGGUAUUGGCACAUACACAGGUCCGAGUGGAGAUGCUUAUAAAGGUCAGUGGGUGAUGAACCUGAAGCAUGGACAUGGUGUCAAGAGUUUUGCAAAUGGAGAUGCCUAUGAAGGUGAAUGGAGGAGAGGUUCGCAAGAAGGUCAAGGAAAGUACCAAUGGAGCGAUGGGAGCCAUUACAUUGGCGAAUGGAAGAAUGGUACGAUCUAUGGCAAAGGGAGUUUUGUUUGGACAAAUGGAAAUAGAUACGAUGGGUUUUGGGAUGAAGGGUUUCCUAGAGGGAAUGGAACGUAUAAAUGGGAUGAUGGGAGUUUCUAUGUUGGCAAUUGGUCUAAGGAUCCAGAAGAAAUGAAUGGUACUUAUUAUCCGUCAGGAAAUGAAGGGAAUCUUGAAUGGGAUCCGAAAGAUUUGUUUAACAAUCUGAGUGAGUACAAGAUCUGCAGUGGAGAGAGGGUUCCCACUUUGCCUUCACAGAAGAAACUAUCUGUUUGGAACUCUUCCAAGCGUAUAGAGAAGCCUAGGAGGAUGUCAGUUGAUGGGAGAGUAAGUGUGGGCGUAGAUAGAGCGUUUGAGAAGAUGAACAUGUGGGGGAACGAAAUCGGUGAAGGAGGUGCCGAUAUGAGAAAGGAGUUGGAUGCAGAGUUGAUGAGAUUAGAAGCUGAAGGCAUUCAGAGCCUGAAGUCGAGCACUGUGCCUAUGAAACUGCCAAAGGCUGGGAGGAAACAAGGGGAGACAAUAUCCAAAGGCCAUCGCAAUUACGAGCUUAUGCUUAAUCUACAGCUAGGAAUCAGGCAUUCAGUCGGAAGACAAGCUCCAGUGGCAUCUCUUGAUCUGAAGCCUUCAGCUUUUGAUCCAAAAGAUAAGAUAUGGAGGAGGUUUCCGCGCGAAGGAACCAAGUACACACCUCCACAUCAAUCUACUGAAUUCAAAUGGAAAGAUUAUUGCCCACUAGUUUUCAGGAGCUUGAGGAAGCUAUUCAAAGUAGACCCAGCUGAUUAUAUGUUAUCGAUCUGUGGGAAUGAUGCCCUUCGAGAACUAUCAUCUCCUGGUAAAAGUGGGAGCUUUUUUUACUUGACAAACGAUGAUCGUUACAUGAUAAAAACAAUGAAGAAGUCAGAAACAAAAGUGCUUCUGAGGAUGCUUGCAGCAUAUUACAACCAUGUUCGAGCAUUUGAGAACUCAUUGGUAAUCAGAUUCUUUGGUCUACAUUGUGUGAAAUUGAAUGGACCAACCCAAAAGAAGGUGCGGUUCGUCAUAAUGGGUAAUCUGUUUUGUUCGAAGUACUCUGUUCACAGACGCUUUGAUCUAAAAGGAUCUUCUCUUGGCCGCACAACCGAUAAACCCGAAUCAGAAAUCGAUUCAAACACGAUCCUGAAAGACCUCGACCUGAAUUUCAUCUUCAGAUUGCAGAAGGCAUGGUACCAAGAAUUCAUCAGGCAAAUCGAUAAAGACUGCGAGUUUCUAGAACAGGAGAGAAUCAUGGAUUACAGUCUUCUAGUUGGUAUUCACUUCAGAGAAGCUUCAGUUGCUGGAGAGCUGAUUCCUUCUGGAGCUCGAACACCUAUUGGUGAAUCAGAUGAAGAAACAGGUCAUCGUCUCUCUAGAGCAGAGGUUGAUCAACUACUUUCAGAUCCCUCAAGGUGGGCUAGUAUCAGACUAGGAACCAACAUGCCAGCACGUGCAGAGAGAACGAUGAGGAAAAGCGACUGCGAGUUUCAGCUUGUGGGAGAGCCUACAGGAGAGUUUUACGAAGUGGUGAUGAUCUUUGGCAUAAUUGACAUUCUUCAAGAUUAUGAUAUCAGCAAAAAGCUUGAACAUGCUUAUAAGAGCAUACAGUAUGAUCCUUCCUCUAUAUCUGCGGUUGAUCCAAGACAAUACUCGAGGCGUUUCCGUGACUUUAUCUUCAAAGUAUUCACAUAUGAUAAUUGA